AUGAGUAAAAAUUUAAAUGAAGUUGAAAAAUGCACAAACGUUGGGCCGUUGAAUGCAAAAAUAACAAAAUCUGAAGAAUUAAUAAAUCCACAAAAUGAACGAAAAAAAUCUGCAAGAAAAAUGUCUCGAUUGGCGAAUAAACUUCGUCUCAGCGGUGGAGCAGACGUCGACGAUGUAUCAGGGGAAGAAAUAAUGAACGAUCAGGAUGAUAAGGACAAGGAUCAAACCGAAAAUGCUGCAUUAUCAAGCGAGUUAUUCGAUAAAGACAAACUUCUUAUGAAGCAGCCUCUUCCGUCAACUGGGGAUCCGCGGGUAGACGAGAUGCUGGAAUGCGCACUGGAGAGCCUGGAGGAGGCCGGGAAGGCGCUUGCGAGUCUCGGAGAGAACCUCGAACACGAGUUAAAGCUGUUCCUGAUCGAGCUGAUGGGCAGAACGCGAAAGUGGACCAGCCAAGUAGAAAGUAAAAUCGAGUGGACAAGACAAACCGUCUUUGAGCUUCAUAAGGAAUUGACAACGCAAGUCGCCACCCUGAGGGACAGUCAAAGGGAGUCAGCCGUGUUGCAAAAGAAACUAAUGAACGAGAAUUCUAAAUUCAAUGCUCCGGCAGAAAAUAUGGAAUCACCGAACCGAGAGAAGAGCAACCUUACGGUCAACAAAGGAGAUUGUGGUAAAAUGUCAAAUAGUCCUUCGCGAGCGCAAAGCAGCCGUUUCGGGACUUGUACAGAAAAUGUCGACGAUACCUGCCAGACCUCGCAAGAUGCCGAGUACGAGCGUCUAGAAGGCUGCCUUGCAGAGUUGGAGUGCGAAGUCCUGGAGUUGCGAAAGGAAAACCAAAGAAUCGUGAAGGAUCGCGCCGAAUACGAGAACGCGAUCCAGCGUGCCUUGCUUAAAGGCGUUUCCUCCCUUAAUGUCGAGGCCCUCAAAGUUUUGCGCUGUACUCCCAUCCAAAGUUGUGGUCCACCAUGUGAGAACACAACAUCCAUGUAA